CGUUUAGACUGAUCUUUACGUGAUAUCAGAGGGAACUGAUCUAUGGAUGAAGCCAAUUUUUCUGUUGAGGAACCUUCAUUUAUAUACCAGCAAGCCUACCAUAUACAACUGGAUGGACUGCUUAUCACUCGACUGGUUAUAGUGCUUUCCACGUCCCUGUUCUUUUUCUAUGUGAACAGCGUCAUGUUCUUCACUUUGAGGAGCAAACCCGUCUUCAGGGAGACGUCCCGCUACAUCCUCUUUGCUAACAUAGUCCUCAGUGAUUCUAUCCUUCUGUUGAGCAGCACAGUUGUAUACUCAUUUGCUACAUUAUACCUUUAUGUGUUCAAGGCUGUCUGUGCUCUGGUGAUACUAUUCUCUAUUACCACAUACACCUUCACCCCCUUGAACCUGGCAGUGAUGUCACUGGAACGUUACGUGGCCAUCUGCUACCCUUUGCGUCAUGCAGAGAUCACUACGCAGAGAAGGACAAACAUCACUAUAGGAGUACUCUGGUUUCUCGCCUCCUUCAAUAUUGUCAUUGACUUGUUUUACACCACUGUGGCAAAGCCCCAUUCUUUCAACACACCCAUAUUUUGCACACGGGAGAGGCUGCUCAUUGCCAAGUGGCAACUUGACUUUUUUCACGGGCUCAACAGUUUUUACCUUGUGGCUGUGGCUGUAAUCAUCAUCUACACAUAUAUCGCCAUUAUGGUAGCAGCCAGGUCUAUCUCCACAGACAAGGAUUCAGCUAAGAAGGCCCGCAAGACUGUACUGCUCCAUUUGAUUCAGCUGGGACUGUGUCUCACCUCUUUUCUGUACGGAGUUUUUGAAAGCAUGUUGUCCACAAUUGAUUUGACCCUGUUCUUACAUUUGUGUGUCUUGCUUUUUUUUGUCCUUAUCAUCCUCCCCCGAUGCCUGAGUCCCCUGAUUUACGGCUUGAGGGAUGAUACUUUCCGGCCCCUCUUCCUCAGCUACUUCAGAUGCAGAUAUGGCAAUGUCAAGCCUGCUGUGAUUUUACAUUGAAAGUAAAAAACAAGAUUUCCUCUAAUACUAUGGCUGAUUUGCAUCAUAUGAAAUGUGCUGUCAUCCA